AUGUACGAGUCCACUCCAUCGUCGUUGGGUCUUCACCGUCUGAGCAGGCAGAGCCUCCAGAAACGAUACGAGUCUGAUGAAGAAGAUGUAUCCGAAUCUGAUGCUGGUGGCCACGACUUUGUGCCUUCGCCUGUAGGCUCCCAGCGAGCCACAACCUUCGAUUCUGACCUGAGCGCCGAUGAGGCUUCUCAUGAUGACCCUGACUCUGAUAGAGAAGAGCAUCUGCUGGCUCCGGAUCCUCUCUCAGCAGGCAAAUGCCAACGUCCGGUGUCCAUGGACACUCUCAAGCGCAAUAGCGCUGCUACAUUUGGAGACAAUACCUAUGUCUUCGAUCUCGAGGAUGAUAUGGUCCUUGAGCUUCCUUCACCAGAUAGUACGCCAUCUCUCGCUUCCAGCCUCUUCUUGAAGCCUUCGAUAUAUGUGCCGCCGACUUCAACACCGGAUCUCAAGUCUCGAUCCCGCUCUGCAUCCCCGUCAUCAAUUUUCUCAGUGGAACAUGCCGAGGUUCAAACGGCCAAGAAGGUCACAAUGAAGGAGCCACCAACCCGUCCAACCCUGGUUUUCAUCAACUCCUUGGGACCACGCUCAAAGGCUCCCAAAUCACGACCCAACCAGCCUCGCACUCGGGGUAACCCUCGUGAUCGUGAGUCCCGCAUCUUCAUGCCGAGAACCGAGAGUACUCUCGAAGUGCCCCGUCUGAUAGAAGCCUUUCCAUCGCCACGAGAACUCGAGGGUAAGGUCUCAUCAGAGCGAAAUGGCUCUACCAGCUCCACACCCUCAAUGACACCUCUCAUGGAAGACGAAAUAACGCCCGGUGCCACAAUUGGACGAGUAUCUGAGAUACCCGUCCUCCCAUACAUCCCUCCUUCACCACGCGUACGACCACAAUCAAUGUAUCGCCCACGACCACGAACACCAGCCUCCGACAAACCCUUCCCACCACCCUCAACCCGUCAACGUCGACCCACAGAACCCAACCUCCGCCCCGUCUCAGUUCGCAGCAACAGUAACAGCAGCAUGCCAUCAUUCUACUCCCGCCCAAGCUCUCCCUCCCGAGAAGAUAUUCGACCAGGCUAUAUAGCAGACUAUUCAGACGCAGCCUCACUCACACGAACCUGCAGCCCAGUCUCAAUAGCCUCAUCACCAGGAACUUGCCAAUCACUCCACAACAACGGCCACUCCUCAAAGCACAGCGUCUCAAACAUCCUAGCCCACCGCUCUCCAAUGAUGCGCCGGAUGACCCGGAAACACUCCGCGUCGUCCAGUGUCUCCCUGAGCAGUCUCCGCUCCGAAAUGGAUACUGCCCCCACAAGCAACUUCGGAGCCUCAUCCACUCAACCCGUCCUCAGUCCCACACCGUAUGAUCCUCGCAUCGUGCGUAAAUCAAGCCAGCGCCGACACGGUCGUCAUAAUAGCUCCGCUCAUGCUGGGAAGGGCUUUAUGGGAUUGAAGUUCGGAAAGAGGUCUUUUACCAAGGCUUGA